UCUGUCUUGGCUUUUUCGCCGUCAACAACGGCAAAGUAUGAAACGUGAUACAGAGUUUGCAGAUGCACCUUUCGGGGAGCAUUUCAGCUUGAUUGUUUUAAUUUGGAGUUUUCUGCUGGGAGGGAAUUACUGUUAUAGUACCUUCCUAGUCAUCAUCCUUACCCCCUUCUAACUUUAAAUUAAAGUGGGGAAAAAAAAAACAUGUGUUCAUCUGUUGACGUGAUUUUUUGAGCUGAAGCAAGUUCUUCUGUUUCUUUCCAGCUUCACGCACUGUGCUGGGUGCUCCUCCUGGAAUAUUCAGGGAAAUGGAGCAGCGCGGAGGUGCAGGCGGGGGAACAGAGAGCCCCAACCUUCGGGACAGCGUGAGCCCAGAGGAUAGAGGGGAGAGUCCCGCCUCAGGAGGCCCCCCACUGUGCAAGUCGGCUCGUCUUGAGGUUAAUGGCAGUCCAGCAGCUCCACGGAUCAGACAGAAUGGUGCACCCCUGAGACCACUUGGAGGUUUGAUGAUCCCAGUCUACUGUGUGGUGGAGCAUGCAGAUGUGGGCAUAGCUGGCGAAUACGAAGGGCAUGGUGACCGUCAUGCUGAGUUCGUACUGGUCCGCAAGGAUGUGCUCUUCACACAGUUGGUAGAGACUGCACUGGUCGCUCUAGGAUACUCCCAUAGCUCAGCUGUACAGGCAAGUGGUAUUAUUAAAGUGGGCCGGUGGAAGCCGAUGCCCAUCCACUACCUAACAGAUGCCCCAGAGGCAACAGUGGCUGACAUGCUGCUGGACGUUUACCACAUGGUUACACUGCGGAUCCUGCUGCACAGCUUUGCUCGGCUUGAGGAGCUGCCCUCGGAGCAGUGGAGCCACACCACGGUGAGGAAUGCCCUCAAAGAGCUGCUCAGAGAGACCAAUCAGAGCACCCUGGCCAAGGAGUGUCCUCUCUCCCAGAGUAUGAUCUCAGCGAUCGUGAACAGCUCCUAUUACGCCAACGUCUCCACCUCGAAAUGCCAGGAGUUUGGACGCUGGUACAAGAGGUACAAACGCAUCAAAGGUGAAUAUGUUGAGAAGAUGUGGUCAGCACAGGACAAAUCAGAUAUUAAAGUGGAGAGGGAUUUGGACAUGAGUGUCAUUAGCCAACGUCCUCCCUCUCUCUUACCGUCCCCUACCCAUUUGGGAACCCUUGGCAGCCCUGGAUCUCUGUCCAUCAAGAGCGGCCUCAUGGACACUCAGACCUCCACCCAAACUCACUGUCUGCCUCAUCCCACCAGCCAACACCACCCCAGUCCUCCGCUUCGUCCCCAGGCUCCACCUCUCCUGGGCCACAGCGGUCUCCUGCCCCCUCAGCUCUCCCCUCAGCUUGUGCGUCAGCAGCUCGCCAUGGCCCACCUCAUCAACCAGCAGCUAGCCGUCAGCCGCCUGCUGGCCCACCAGCAUCCACAGGCAGUCAACCAGCAGUUCCUCAACCAUCCACCCGUCUCACGGACCUGCAAGAGCACCGGGGCUGCAACGGAGACUGGCCUCAACAGCUCAGGAGCUGAAGUCUCCUUUGACAUUUACCAGCAAGUCAGGAAUGAGCUGAAGAGAGCCAGCGUUUCCCAGGCGGUGUUCGCACGCGUGGCUUUUAACCGCACACAGGGUUUGCUGUCAGAGAUCCUUCGCAAGGAGGAGGAUCCUCGUUCAGCCUCGCAGUCGCUGCUGGUCAACCUGAAAGCCAUGCAGAACUUCCUCAACCUGCCAGAGAGCGAGCGAGACCGCAUCUACCAGGAGGAGAGAGAGAGGAGCGCCAACAGCAACCACAACCACUCCAACAACCUCAUCUCCAACACACACAGACACACACAGACAAAGUGCAUCGUCUCCGGCGGGGACCUGCCGCUGAAGCUGGACUCACUGGUGAACAUCACGUCAGGCAUCUAUGAAGAGAUCCAACAGGAGAUGAAGAGGGCGAAGGUCUCCCAGGCUCUUUUUGCCAAGGUGGCUGCCAACAAAAGUCAGGGUUGGCUAUGUGAGCUGCUCAGGUGGAAGGAGAGCCCCAGCCCUGAGAACCGCACGCUGUGGGAGAACCUGUGCACCAUAAGGAGGUUUCUAGGGUUACCUCAGGCUGACCGAGACCAGGUUUAUGAGGAAGAGUCGAGGCAGCAGCACAGCGACAGGCUCCACACCGUCCUGCACAUGCCCGACCAGCAGGCAGUCCACAGACAGCCACUGCCACCUCUGACUGUUCCAUCUCCGAUCCAUGAAGACCCACAGACUAUCCCAAUGCAUGGCUCAGAAGACCGGCUCCAGCGUGGGAUGAGCCCUGUCCUUGGAGGUGGAGGACCAAAGAAGGCCCGAUCGCGGACACGGAUUUCCCUUGAGGCGCUGGGAAUCCUUCAGAGCUUCAUUGGAGAUGUGGGCCUCUACCCCGACCAGGAGGCCAUCCACACCCUGUCAGCCCAGCUGGAUCUACCCAAGCACACCAUCGUAAAGUUUUUCCAGAACCAGCGCUACAAUGUCAAGCACCACAGCCAGGCCAGAGAGGCCAUCUCCGGGGAGGACGACAGGGAGAGCUCAAGUCCAAGCGAGGGAGGGGUCGACCAGGUAGAAAGUCGAGGAGAAGAGGUUCUCUCUGCAUCUGAGGAGUCAAGCGAGGACGGGAGAGGUUCGGUGGAAGUCUUGAGAAUAGAGGAAGGAAAUGGAAGAGAAGAAAGAGAUAUGGAAAUGCAAAUAGAGAGGGAGGAAGGGGAUGAUGGGAAAGCCUCAGGACCAGCGGCUUCCUCCAUGUCCCCCUACAGCAGUGUGGACAGCCCCCACUCUGCAGAGCAACAGAGAUAACAGCAGAGAAAAGUCAGAGAGAACUGAGGAAAACAUCGGAUGGAAGAAAAGGACACCAUCAAACUGUGAAGCCCACAGACUAAUUACCUGUGAAGAAACACACAUUUACAUCAUCAUUAUUGUUAUCAUCACCAUCACCAGGGCUGAUGAUCAGAGCUCAGUAAUAUCAGAAGAACUGUGGAAAAUAAUUUCAGUAAGCCUGAAAAAGGACCAGGAGGUACUACCACUACCACUACCUACCAGUAUUCAUGGUUUGAUUCUGCCUGUAGACAAUAUCUGGGAUGAUCUUUAAUACCACAUAAAGAGAAAUCAUAGUGUUUGACAUAUUUUCAGUAUUUCAACUUGUUUUUUUCCCAGUAAAAUUGGGAAUACAUUACAAACAGCAAGAGAUUGUCACUGUUCCUUGAAACACAACUGAAUUUUUUGGAUUUGUUUUUCCUGGUUUUUAAAGUAAUACAAAAUGUCCGAAACACUUAAGGUGACUAGCUUAAUUCUUAACCUACUCCUACAGCACAAUUAAAGUCUUCUUCAGGUCUGUCAAAGUAUUACCAAGUACACAAUCCUCCUACACAGUUACCAUCCAUAUAAAACAAUCCAUAAAAAGAAAUGUAUUAUGCUGCAGGAAUGUUUUGAGAUAUUUCUAUCUUUUCUUUUUUUUUUUUUACCAUACAAAUCUUCAGUUGCCCUUUAAGCUAGCAAUGGGGGGGGGGUCAUAUUUAUUUAUAUACAUUUUGUUUAAUAUGUUUACAGGUUAAGUGUUUGACACUCAAAUGAGUCUGGCAAAGUUUUAAUUUAAAGUCAAAGGCAGGUUUCAUUGUAGGAGUUAAGCUGGCAGUAGUCCAAAUGUCCAGUCCUGAUUCCGAACAAAUUUGGACACUAUAAAUUUCAAAAUGCUUUUCAAUCUUUUUUUAAUUGAAUGCAAAGACAAGGUAUUUAAUGUUCAAAGCUUUGUUUUUUUUUUUUGUAUACAUUCAUUCCAAAUCCGAUAUAGGGAUAGAGGCAUGUUUACCACUGUGUUACAUCGCUUUUUCUUUUAACGACACUCCGUAAGCAUUUGUGAACUGACAACACUGAUUCCUGAAGCUCUGAAAGUGAAAUUCUUUCCCAUUAUUGCUUGAUAUAUGCUCAACAGUCCAGUGUAUCCAUUGCUGGUUUUUUUGCAUUUCAUAAUGCUCCACAUAUUUCCAGUGUAAAACAGUUCUAGACUACGGAUAUGGACAUUCCUAACACACAUUUACUAUGAAGUCGCUCUGUUGUAACAUACAGACUGUGACUUUGUCUCAGCAUUGUCUUGCUGGAAUAAGCAGUGACAUCCCUUAAAAAGACAUCAUCUGGAUGGACAGGAUUUUUAUCUAUGGGAUUCACUUAAGUUAAGGUUAGGGAGCAUCAAUAUUUCAGUCAUAGGUUAAUAAAAACACAAUAAAAUAUUGACAAUAUUGAAUCUUUAGUAUUCAUGUACCACGGACAUAAAUUUUUCAUAUUUAACUGGUGUUGACUAUUAUUAAAAAAAAAUAGUCACAUUGACUAUUGAUUACAUUUCAUCACUAUUUCGCAAACUAAAACUGUGUUGUACAAUUACAGAAGCUGACUUUUGAACCUUGUGUUGAUAACAAUCUGGAUGGUCCUUUUCAUCUUUAACCUGGAGGACACUAUGUCCACGAUUAACGAAAACAAUCUGAGAGCUCGACCCAUAAGACCACAGUACAUUUACUUUGGGUGUGUGUGUGUGUGUGUGUGUGUAUCUGUGUGUAAGUCCAAGUCUGAUGGGCUUUUUUUCAUCUUUGUUGCUUCUGUCUUAACUUCCUAACCUGCUGGAAACAUGCUGCUGUCAUCAAAUUCAGAAAAAGCACAUCUUUACAAAAAUUAAUGAAUUUGUGAGGUGAAACAUUAAAUAUAUUGUCUUUGAACUGUUUUUAACUGCUUUCAGUUGAAUUUAGUGCACUCUGCUUUCUUUAUAUUUGGAAUCAGGGAUAUAAUUGAAUUUGCCAGGGUCUGCUCUGAGGUUUCUGCCUUUUAAAAGGAAGUUUUUCCUCGCCACUGUCACCAAGUGCUUGUUUGUGGGGGACUGUUGAGUCUCUCUCUGUAAUAAAGAUUAAAUUAAAGAGUAUGGGCUAGACCUGCUCUAUCUGGAAAGUGUCAUGAGGUGUCAUGAGAACUUUUGUUGUGAAUUGAAUUGAUUUGAACUGGCAUGUUUUCACAAGAAAAAUCAUAAAAAACCCAAUACUUCUCCUUUUUUUUAAUAUUAAGAGAUACUGAGAGCAAAUCUGUAAUUGCACUUUGCCUUCAUGUGACAACAGUAUGAGAAUGCAAAUGCAACACAAACUCUUUGGAGCCUACUGCCAGCCUUACAAACGCAAAUCUUUCGAAUAAACUCCCCUCAAACCAUGCAGAAAAAUAUCUUCUAGUAAGAUUUUAGACAGAAACACAUUGACAAGCCGCAGCCAAAGAGGCACUUUUAUCAGAGCAGAGGUGGAAACGCAUCCAGUGGUCUUGUUUGGUAAUAUGUAGUUACAUCGGGAACAAGAAUAAACUGUACUGACAUGGCACAGUAGUACCUCAUGAGAAGGGCAUUCACCUGAGAUAGUGAAAUGCAGGGCAAUGACACUAGGACCUCCACCCAAACUGCAUCCAGACUGAAGCCAAUUUUAAAUUCUGUGUGACUUUUUUAUUUUAAAAUAUAUAAUUUUUAGGAGGUCCCUGCAUUAACUGAGCUCUAUGUGAAACUCUUCACUGGCAGUACAUCACUUCCACAAUACUCUACCAUUAAUAUUUAUUGCUAACUUUAUAUUUACUAAAGUAUUAUUGUUGUCAUAAUGAUUUUGCUAUUUUUUUCUUUGAUAUGACUACAAAUGUAUUUGUAAAUGUGACAAAAAAAAAAGUGAGGACAAGCAAGUCUGAAGAAUUUUGAACUCAGUGUUACACAGUUUGUUUUAGAAGUAUGAUCCUUUGUAUACUAUUUCUAAAUUGGACUGGAAGAAAAAUGAUCAAAGAUGAAACUGUUUUCUAGUGGACAUUUCUGUACAUUAUGAUGUAAAUGUUGACAAUCCACCUGCAAAACUGAAUCUGUCAUCAUAUGUGGAAUACAACCACUGUCACUUACACUGUUUGUGUAAUUUGUACCACUAAGAAACAGGGUAUGAAAACACAUUAUUUACAUUUACAGUUUAUUUGAGAUCUCUGUCCUGGAUGGAGCACACAAACUUUCUGAUUUGUUCCACUUUGAUGUUUAAGCAGUUUUUUUUAUUAUUAUUAUUAUUCUAUUGCAGGCAGGACAUGAAAAUCUGAUAAAAGUUUUCCAAAGUA